AUGGGCGAUGCCGGACCCUGCAGUCCCACUGCGCUAUGGGUGACAGCGACACCAGGCCCUACCAUCCCACGCAGCUUCGUGCCAGGGCUGGUGCCCGGCUGCCUCCCGAGGCCGGGCAGGAGCGAUGGCACGCGGGGUGACACCCGCAGCCCCAGCACCGGGACAGAGCGGUGCGCCCCCCCGGAGCUGCAGGAGAAGACGCUGGUGCUGGUGAAGCCGGACGCGGUGCAGCGGCGGCUGGUGGGGAACGUCAUCCAGCGCUUCGAGCGGCGCGGCUUCAAGCUGGUGGCCAUGAAGCUGCUCCAGGCCUCAGAGGAGCUGCUGAAGGAGCACUAUGUCGCCCUUCGUGACCGCCCCUUCUACAGCCGGCUGGUGAAGUACAUGAGCUCUGGGCCCGUGGUGGCCAUGGUCUGGCAGGGCCUGGAUGCGGUCAAGACAGUUCGCACAAUGAUUGGGGAGACUAACCCAGCCGAGUCCAGGCCUGGCACCAUCCGAGGAGACUUCUGCGUUGAAGUCAGCAAGAACGUGAUCCACGGCAGUGACUCGGUUGAGAGUGCCCGGCAGGAGAUCUCCCUCUGGUUCCGCCCGGAGGAGCUGACCUGCUGGGAGGACACGGCCCAGCACUGGGUCUAUGCAUGA